AUCCAGGGAGCAGGCUGCGGACAGCAGGAACAAAGAACAGCCGCCCGCUUGCGCGUGAAAAACCUGCUUCACUCCGGCUACGCGGACACAUUUACACUUAUUUUUUGUAUUAAAAAAAAAAGCACAACCCGGUCGCCGGGUUAGUGACUCUCCCCGGUCCGGGUUUUUAUUUUUGGGGGGAUAAAGGAAACUUGGCGUCGUGAGCGUUUUUUUUGUUUUUUUGUUUUGUUGGUAUCAGGUCGCCCUUUCUCCAAACGGUUUCCCUUUCGGAUGUAACGUUCCGGAAGUAACCGCGGCCGACCCGUGCCCCGUUUGGCGAGAUGCUGGUUCCUCAACGCGCCCGGACGGAUUAAGAGGUGAGCUUCACGGUCUUCAGAGAAAACCUCAGUGCCACCGCUUCAGUCGUCAUCUCAAAACCCCGGAGCCGGUCAACGCCGGCGUGUUGGAUGACGUCGGCGCUGACCGAUGGACGACUUUGACCCUCAGUCCUGUGGUGACGGCGGCGUGCGGCUCCCCCUCCCGGCUGAAGACGGCGUCUUUCCACCCAGGACCCACGGCGUCACCACUGCGCCCAUGAGGUAGCGUCAGGACCUAGCCCCCCCUCGUCACCGCCCCCCCCCCCCCCCGCCCAGCCAUGGGCCAGAAGAUCUCCGGCAGCAUGAAGUCGGUGGACGUGCGCGGCGAGCCCUCGUACCGGCCGGUGCGCCGCGAGCUGCGCGGCCCGGACUUCUGCCGCCCCCCCCGGCUGGACCUGCUGCUGGACAUGCCGGCCGCCGGCGCCGAGGCCCGGCUGCGCCACGCCUGGAACUCUGACGACCGCUCGCUCAACGUCUUCGUCAAGGAGGACGACGCGCUGACGUUCCACCGCCACCCGGUGGCGCAGAGCACGGACUGCAUCCGCGGCAGCGUGGGCUACGCGCGCGGGCUGCACGCCUGGCGCAUCCACUGGCCCGCCCGGCAGCGGGGCACCCACGCCGUGGUGGGCGUGGCCUCCGCCGAGGCGGCGCUGCACUCGGUCGGCUACACGGCCCUGGUGGGCGCCGACGCCGAGUCCUGGGGCUGGGACCUGGGCCGCAACAGACUGUACCACGACGGCAAGAACCGGCCCGCCGCCACGCCGGCGCCCACGUACCCGCGCUUCCUGGAGCCGGACGAGUCGUUCGCGCCGCCCGACUCGCUCACCGUGGUGCUGGACAUGGACGAGGGCACGCUCAGCUUCAUGGUGGACGGACAGUACCUGGGCGUCGCCUUCAGGGGCCUGAAGGGCCGCCGGCUGUACCCCAUCGUCAGCGCCGUGUGGGGCCACUGCGAGGUGUCCAUCCGCUACGUCAACGGACUGGACCCGGAGCCCCUCCCCCUCAUGGACCUGUGCAGACGAGUCGCCCGAUUGGCUCUCGGCAGGGAGCGCAUCCAUCACAUCGACACGCUGCCGCUGCCGCAGACGCUGAAGAACUACCUCCAGUACCAGUGACACCCCCCCCCACACACACACCUACACACACACACACCUACACACACACACACACACACACACCUACACACCUACACACACAUACACACACACCUACACACACCUACACACAGACGCGCGGGACGAAGCUCCCCGUGUUCUCGCGGUCGCCUCCUGAACUCUGAUCACAGCCAUCAGACAUCUGCUGAGGACGUUGCCGUCGACGACGAACAGGCGGAGAAGACGACGACGGUGCCGCCGCAUGGGGGGGUCGAGGGGGCGGGGCUUCCAAUCUGAAUGUUUUUAUCUUAUGCGCCUUAUUGUUAUGAUUUUUUUAGGAAUCUUUCUACUUGGCAGACGGGGGGGGGGGGGGGGGGUUGCGAUGGAGUUUUCCCGCGACUCCAGCGUAAUCGUCCUCCUCUCACGCAGUGGUUAUUUUUUGGGGGGGUUGACGGCUUAACCUGCCAACUUUUCCGCACGCACGCCGUGGAAGCCUCCUCAGGGGAAACAACAACAACAUGUUGGUAUUUAUAUUCCCAACAGCACAGCUCUGUGGAGAGGCAACUACCCCUCCAAGCCCCAGGAGAGAGAGGGAGGGCGAGUGAGAAUGGGAGAGAAGGGAAGAAAGUCGACGUGUGUGUGUGUGUGUACGUGUGUGUGUGUGCAGCACACAUGGAUUACCUCCAGUAUCUGUUGGUGUGGAGACAGAGACUCUUUAGUUGGAUGACGAGUUCACCUGCUUCGUCUAGUUUGAACCUUCUCUCUCCUCUCCUUUCUCUCCUUCUAUCUCCCCUCUUCCACUCUCUCUCUCCCCUUUAUCCUCUCUCUCCUCUCUCCUUUUGCUCUCUCUCCUCUCUCUCCUUCUAUCUCCCCUCUUCCACUCUCUCUCCUCUCCCCUUCUCCUCUCUUCCUCUCUUCUCCGCUUCCCUCUAUCCUCUCUCUCCUCUCCCCCUCUCCUCCCUCUGAUUGGAAGCCUCCACCAUGUUUGGACUCAGAGGACUGUGGCUGCUGUUACUCUCCAUCUCAUCUAACGUUGAUAGAAAUUGAUCUAAAGGUGUGUGUGUGCGUGUGUGUGUUUGACUGCUAAUGUGCCUGAGACACACACACACACAAAAAGCACACGUCAACACGUGUCAUGUCACAAAUAACCUCUCACACACACACACACACACACACACACACACACACUGUCUUUAAAGCUGCUUUCCAUCUCUGUAUUCCUCCCCUGUGUGUUUUUAGUUUUUUCAAUUAUUUUUUUUAAUGCCUGAUUUACUUUUUUAAGAUUCUGGUUUUAGGAUUAAUUUUGUAUGCAUUUUCUGUAUUUUAUUUCCUUCCUUCCGGAGGCGUCUGCGGGUUCGUCUCGUGGGCAGAACGCUGUGCGGCCACGAGACUUUUAAAUGUGAAUAAAGUGGCUAAACUCUC